AUCAAACCGAACCGCACGAGCACAUCGCAACGCCUCCCGAAUCCCCUCAAAACCCUUCCCCCCUCUCCGGCGGCGGCGGCGGCCGGACUUCUUCUCCAGGGAGGACCCCUCCUCCUACUCCUCGGCCAGAAAACAUGGAUGGGCAAGUCGAGAACCCUGCGGUUUCCACUAACCUUGACAAUGAAGAACAAGCCAAUCCUUACACUGAUGUGCAAGAGCAGUUCAAGGAAGAACCGGGGAAACCUUAUGACGAGGAAUCAAAAGACCCAGGCCAUGACGAGUUGGGGAACCCGUAUACUGAGGAGCAUGCGAACAUGAACAAUAAAAGUUUGGGGGAUCUGAACAAAGAGGAGCAAGCUAUCAUCCCCUCACAGGAAGAGCCUGCAAAUGUCUACAGUGAGGAGGCUGAGUCAAAACAACAGGAUGAUACAAUGGCUGAUGACAAGAAAUGGCCUGGGUGGCCUGGAGAAAGUGUGUUCCGUAUACUGGUUCCUGCCCAGAAGGUGGGCGCUGUCAUUGGCCGAAAAGGUGAUUUCAUUAAAAAAAUGUGUGAGGAAUCCAAAGCUCGCAUAAAGGUUCUCGAGGGCCCACAAGGUGUGCCAGAAAGAACUGUAAUGAUUUCAGCAAAGGAUGAACCAGAUGCAGCACUACCUCCAGCUGUUGAUGGGUUGCUUAGAGUUCAUAUAAGGAUAACCGAUGGUUUAGAUGGUGAACCCGAUCAGCCUCAACGAGGCGCUGUUACUGUAGGGCCUACACGGCUACUGGUGCCAGCUUCCCAAGCUGGCAGCCUGAUUGGCAAGCAAGGAGCAACCAUUAAAUCCAUACAGGAUGCUUCGAAGUGUGUCCUGCGAAUUCUUGAGAAUGUGCCACCUGUGGCAUUGAACGAUGACAGAGUUGUUGAGAUACAGGGUGAACCUCUUGAUGCUCACAAAGCAGUGGGGCUGAUUGCAAGUCAUUUAAGAAAAUUUCUUGUUGACCGCAGUGUGCUCCCGUUGUUUGAAAUGCAGAUGAAAGCGCACAAUGUGCCCAGAGAGCAGCCUAUGCCACCUCCUCAGCCAUGGGGUCCUCCUCCACCCUGGGGUCAUCCACCGAACCUUCCUCCUGCUGGCCCAGGUUAUGGUGGGAAUCCACAGUUCAUGCCUCCACGACCACAAGGCAACUAUUAUCCUCCUCCUGAUGUGCCCCCUGUGGAAAAGCAACCACACUACGGAAUUUCUUCAUAUGGACGUGAUGCACCUCCGAAUGCUGCUCCUCCCUCAGGGAAUCAACACCAAACACAUGGGUCUUCUCAAGUGACACACAGCAUGCAAGUUCCUCUUUCCUAUGCUGAUGCUGUGAUUGGGGCAGCUGGUGCCAGUAUCAGCUACAUCCGCAGGCAUAGUGGUGCAACUAUAAGUAUUCAAGAAGGUGUUCCUGGAGAGAUGACAGUGGAGAUAACAGGAAGCGCCUCACAAGUACAAACUGCUCAACAGCUGAUCAAGAAUUUCAUGGCUGAAGCAUCUCCACAGGGCCCCCCACCAGCUCCUGGUCCAUCGGCUCAACCAGUCGAUGCGGGCUACAACUCUUACCCGCCUUACGGGGGCGCAUCGUACGGAUCUCCAGGUGGUGCGGGUCCUGGUCCUCGCAACGGAGGAAACUACAAUGGAGGAAACUAUGGCGGCGCACCCUACCCCCCGAACUACGGAUACUAGUUGGAGUGUAUACCUUGGCUCAGGCUUUAGAGAAAGGGGAUUCUGGUUUUGUUUGUCAGUCUGUUCAUCUGUUGAGAACUCGAGAUUGUUAGGGUUUCUGAAACUCUUGGUGUUGUAAUCUGCUUUCUGACGCCAGUGCCAACAGUUUUCUGA